AAGGAUGUGAAUUUUCGACAUUUUUCAACUUUGUCAUCAGAAGGAAAACAAGCAGCUGGACCCGGCUCGGCUCGCCGGGUUUGCGCACAGGUGGCGAGACAGCGGCUGGACACCGACACGGCACGCGGCAGCCGUUUGGAAACAAACCGCCUCGCUUUAAUGAGUCGAUUUUAAGAUCUGCGCUCCUCGCCAGUCCAGAUAGCUGCUGACCAUCCGUCCAGUGAGCUACAGACAGACAGACAAUCAUGAUGGAGUCUAUUUUAGACAGUUUGGCAGCAGAGAAACUCUAUCCAUCCGGGGGGACCAACCUGUUGGACCUGGAGGAACUCAGCGACGGAGAUUUCCUCACUAAUGUGCCUUUCUCAGGUGACCAGAUGGACGACUUCAGCAGUGAAUUAUUCAGCAGUUUCUUUGAUGACCAUCUAUUAGAGCGGCCCCUGCUGGCAGACAGACCUUCGCUGUUGCACAUGGACAUAGACAGCAGCCCAGAUAUCCAAGCAGAGCACAGCUACUCUUUGAGUGAAGACUCCGCCCCCCAGAGCCCAGCCCUGUCAGUCAAAAUGGACCAAGAGUCUGAAUUUGAAUGGAACUUCAGUCAGGACCUUUCAGCCAUCUUGGUGAAACAAGAGGAGCCUGACGUGGGUCAGCGGUUAGAUCCUCAACCUCUGGAAGGCCCACCUCUCAUAUUAAGCCCCGCCCCCCCACACAGGGGCUCGCCAUGGAGACAUACGGAGCGCAGUCAAGACGAAGUGAAGCCAGUCGCCAUAAAAGAUGAACCCAGAGAGAUUGGACAGUAUCUCAGCCUGCCCAGCGAUGACGCUCUCCAGCUCCCACCCACCCCUCCCAGCAGUAACCACGGCGACAGUGACGGCUCCCUCCCUCCCUCCUCCCCACACCUCCCUCUGCCACCAGCUUCCCCUCAACCACAACAGAGGCCAGGAGGUCGUGCCUCCUCCUCUUCUUCCUCCUCCUCCUCCUCAGCCAUCUCUUCUUCACCCCUCCUCACUGCACCACAUAAGCUGCAGGGUUCAGGACCCCUCAUGCUGACAGAAGAAGAGAAGAGGACCCUGGUGGCAGAGGGGUACCCAGUACCAAACAAACUUCCUCUCACUAAGAGUGAAGAGAAGGCACUGAAGAGAGUCCGACGGAAGAUCAAAAAUAAGAUAUCAGCUCAGGAGAGUCGGAGGAAGAAGAAGGAGUAUGUUGAAUGUCUGGAGAAAAAGGUGGAGAGCUACACGUCAGAAAACAGUGACCUGUGGAGAAAAGUAGAAAACCUGGAGACCGCCAACAGGUCUCUCCUACAGCAGCUCCAGAAGCUUCAGUCACUGAUUUCAGGGAAAGUUGUUCCCCGUUCUUGUAAAAUGGCCUCAACUCAAACAGGAACAUGCCUCAUGAUGAUGGCCGUGUGUUUUGUCCUGGUGUUGGGCUCCUUCUCACCCUGCCUCUCUCCCCUCUCCUUCCUCACCGACACCUCCUCCUCCUCUCAUCCCUCCUCUCCUUCUCCUCCAUCAGCGGACCUCUACACCACCAGUCAGGUCCGUUCCCGCAGCCUGCUCUUCUACAAUGAAGGGGCUCCGCUGGAGGAGAGCUUAGAGGCAUCAGAAGGAGAGAGGCUACAGUCAGAGAGCCAUUCCCACAUCCAGACGAGCCGAUACACAGCUGACGCACACAGCAACCGGACAACUGGGCCCAAGCUAGAGCGGAGAGAAACAAAACCAGACGGAGUCUCAGAGUUCUUCUGACACAACCUGACCCCUGAUUUCUCACCUCUGACCCCUAAAAAGGCCGAACCAUCCGGAUUCCGCUUCAUCAACAUCCACCUGGACCAAAAUCUGCAUUAUUCAACCACUUCAUCAUUGUCGUCUUCAGUGAGCUUUCAACCAUCAGACACCGCAGUCCUCCCAUCCUCCACAGCCGGCUCACUGCCUGCAUGUGGUGCUUCACUUCUCAGUUUAAACGGAUUCUGCUACACCUGAAUAUACUUGACUUUCAAAAGACCAUCUUAUUGGAAUUUCCAUUUUUGUGUAUUAGAAUAUUGUGUCAUUUUAAACGCACAGCAUGUAAUUUCUGCCACAAGGGGUCCCUCCAUCAAAACAGUGAAAACAAAAGACGUAGUUUGACAGUGUUGUGAAGUAACGUGGGAUUGUGAGAGUUUUCUUCAUUGUCAAACAGCCAACAUGGCCAAUGAAAAUCUAUCUAACGUAACUCAGGCAGAAAUGAUGUUCAUGGACGUGGUAAUGUACUGAGGUUAUUGCACGUUAAGUAAGUUACGUUUGUAAUAACUUCCUUAUUCACUCUUGGACGUAUCAUCUGGUGUUUCCCCGGUACAGGGCACAUGACACCACUGACAGGUGACCAAAUGAAACGCACUGUUACGUUUGAUUAAAUUCCACAUUUCUCUGGGUUUGUUGCAAACAUUUGGGGUAAUGCCAGUACAAGUUGUUUUGACAUUUUAAUGCGGAAAUGAUACAUAUUAUGCCUUUAAAUUCCCACCUAAUCCAUAUACGUUUACUUUAAAAUUCAUAUUUUAGAGAUACAUUAAACACAUAUGGUCUUAAAGAACCUCUAGUCCAUAUACAAUAAGUGACUUUUCACCACAAACAGGUCAGAUUAUUGCCAAGAAGACAAGCAGACAUAAGAUACUCGAGUCAUCCUCAUUUUCUCUCCUAAACAAAUGCAGCGUAGUGUCGCCACUCACAAGCAAGCAAACAGCCUUAUGGGAAAUGUGGUCUCAUUGUUGGGAGAAACACACACUACACCUUGCACCUUUAACGACUCAUGAUCAUAAACACAUGCAGAAACUUUCGAGACCUCCACUGUGGGACUGUGUGUUGUUAGCACGGUGCUUGUAUCUUACUAUCAAAGCCUCUCACACUUUCCCAGAGGCCAAGGUAGCAUCUUUAAAUGUCUAAAACAGAAAGAUGUUCAGUCAUUAAUGGGUCAUCAAAAUAGCUGCUGAUUCAUUUUCAGUGGAAUGAAUCAGUGAAAUUUGGAAUUUGGAAUCAUUGUUUCAUAACAGUGCGUCAUGAACGCGACAUGUUGCUUCUAGCUUGUUGAAAAUGUCUGAAAUUACACAUCCUUUUUGAAAGGAAGCUGUGCCAUUUUAAAAGUGCCUUCCACUUAAGUCAAAUAUGACCAACUUGGCCUUUACAAAUAAAGCCCACACAACUCUAAACCUUGAGAUGUAGCUCUAACUGAUUACUCACUGUUUGAUAUUGGCCUCAACCUUUUGGAGCCCUUGGUUAGAUUUAGCUCGUUUUAUAAUCACUCUGGUUCUUUUUAUUUUAACUAAUCAUAACCUGGAUGACUGUUCAGGGUUUAUCCGUCUCUCUGCAGCUGUAUUUUAGGGGGCAUAACAGUAAAAGCUCAGCACAUUCACUUUCACUGUGAACCAGCCUUGGUUUGAACUGCUUACCAAACAGUCGUGUAAUGUGUCCACAGUUAAGAGUUACAACAAAGCAUGUAAUCUUUUAUUUUUUCACUUUUUAAAUCUGUCUCCGAAGUUUCGUUUUUGACUUCAACAGACCAAAAUUCUGCAUUAUUUUGGAGGGAACCAUAUUUUCAUACCAAGGGACCAUUAAAGGGGUCCUGACAGAGGUUGGGAAAACAUGACAUAAAAGUAUUUUUAUUGAAUUAAAAGUUGUAUAUGUAAUAUAUUUGCAGCAUCAAAAAAAAGAGCAUAUUUAUGCGACAAAAAAAAUAAUGGACUUGUUUUUAAGAUUACUUUAUCUUAAUGUCUUGUUUUUCUAAAUAAUGUUUACAAAAAAAAUCAAAAAUACAACUUAUAAUAUAUUCUGAGCAUCAAAAAAGAGCAUAUUUAAUUUAUGCAAAAAAAAAGGGAAUUGUAUGUUGUGUUUUGGCAUUUAGGAUGAUGUGAAGUUUUACAUGCCGAUUCAUCGAGUGUAAAACUUUUGACAUGAUCUGUUCGUGUCUUUUAACUGUAAAACAGUGUUUAUGUUUCACUGCUGUCGCACAGAAACCACGUCUUUUUGUUCCCUCGUGAUUUAAAAAUGCCAUUCGCUUUUUCAAUGGAACCUAAAAAAACUCGAAUUUUUAGCCUCAAGCUGAAGUUUCUUGACCCAAAAAGCCAAACAAAUGUAUCACAAAUCAACUGCAGGAUCUCAAAAAUGCAAACAGACAUUGAAAAAUACUUAAUGUACAUAUUUUUCUGCCAUACAUUCAUCUUACAACUUCAAAUCAAGCAGCAGCGGAAACAUCUUCCCAUCGAUAGUAAAUGUGCUCAUGCGACAGCAGUGUAUGUUGUAUUUAUUCCUAUUUGUAGAAAGUGUGUAUAUAUUGAUGAAGCCAAUCAGGGGACUAAUACAUUCCAGGAAGUAAAACACCACUAGCUUUGUUAUCUCUACAAUCUGAAGGAACACCAGGGCAUGAACAAAAACUCUAUUCCUUCACCACUAUUCCAACGAUGUAAGAAAGAAAAACACUCCCCAAAGCAUCCGUUUUAAACGUCAUGGUAUUCCUUCAAAUUAGAAGCUCUGAAAAGAGACAUUUCACUGUCCCAGUCCAAAUCCUUGAGGAAAUGAUGAGAGUUCUGGCUUAUAAAACACUCGAAAACAUUUUGAUCCCCAAAACAUCACAAUGAAGACCGAUUUUCUUACUCGUCUGUGUGCUUUCCAUUUUGUGUCCCUCACGCCAAACACAAAAACAUCAUGUGACAGCAGCCUGUAGCACACACAUCCUGUCAUUCUCAGCCUUAUCAGUCUUAUUGCGCCAGUGUACAUAAAUAAUGACAACGAUGUAAUGUGCAGUUGUUGUAAAUAAGGGCCUUGUUUUUGUAUUGUGACAUAGUCCAAGAUUUUCACCUGUGGAAUCAUGUGGGUAAAGGAGAAAAAAACAGUGGAUGUUUCUGGAAGGAAGAAAUACAGUGGGUGGGGAAUAAAAAAAAUUAGAGGGAGGGGUGACUUCUUCCACUUGUAAAGAAACCUUGAUAACACAGCAGCUGUGCACAGUUUGAAUAGCUGUAAAACAAAAGGGGGUGCUUGUUUAUUCUAACCUGUUUGUCAGUAUUUGGAGAAUGUUUGUUUGAGAAAGAAUAAUCAAGCACUUUCCAGGGAGUUAUCUGAAAUGUGUUUGGGUAAAAUGUUGUCUUGGUUUGUUGUAUAGCGUCUUGCAUGUUCCUCCAUAUAUAAGUAUGUUAUCUUAGUGUAGUCCGUAGAGUAGAAACCAGCAAAAUAUUAAAAAACUGCAU